GUAGAAAGUUCAGCUAAGAAGGACAAAGCUAUCGAUUAGUGUGCACGAGAUUUACGUUUCAAGUUAUUUCAACAUAAAAAAAUAUCGUGUAAUAUCUGUAUUUCCACAAACGACUACAGAAAGCACCAUGUCCGAAGGAAUAACACAGAUUUUCAAUGCGUUUCAAGACUAUCUAAACAACGAGCAGGGAACACGCGAGGAGAUCCGUGUUAUUGUCAAGGAAAUUGAGAAGAAUGCCAGAGAUAUCUUGAUAACGUUACAAAAUAUUCACAAUGUAGUAAUUUCUAAGGAUCAAGAGGAAACAAUUAUCUUAGAAUAUUGUUCACACGCAAGGACACUGUUUGAAGAAGUAAGAAAACAAUAUGCAAGUUUGAGUGCAUUGGUACCAAAUGAUCAGUAUUACCGUUUCCAUGAUCAGUGGCGUUUUGUCACACAGAGGCUUUGCUUUUUAGUUUCUUUAGUAAUAUAUCUUGAAGCCAAAAUAUUGGUUACCAAAGAAACUGUUGCAGAAAUAUUAGGAGUGAAAAAUAACAGAGAGGAAGGUUUUCAUUUAGAUCUGGAGGAUUAUCUGUUGGGUUUGCUUCAGUUAUCUGCAGAAUUGAGUCGUUUCGCUGUAAAUUCCGUCACAGGCGGCGAUUACAAUCGGCCGAUAGAAAUCGCGCAAUUUCUAAAUGAAUUGAAUGCUGGAUUUAGACUUUUAAACUUAAAGAACGAUAUGUUGAGGAAGCGUUUCGACUGUCUCAAGUAUGAUGUGAAGAGAACUGAGGAAGUAGUGUACGAUUUGACUAUUCGCGGUUUAAAAUCUGCAGCUGAGUCAAUGCCUCCGAGUCAGCCUACAGAUGAAGCCGUUUAGAUUCCUUCUAUAUUUUCUAGAACAUUUAUACUAACAGAUAUAACGAAUUUACAUGGGUACUCCCAUAAAAAAGAAAAAAAAAGAUUUUCGUAAUAUAUAUGUUUUAGGUAUAAAGAUACUAUUUAAUAAACAUCUUGUGUAUUCUA